AUGGCCUCCUCCGACGACAAAACCGGGUGGAUUCUCGCCUGCGCGAGCGGGCUAGCCUGUGUUGUUGGCUCGUCGAUAAUCUGCCUGGACCUUAUCACGCGGCAAGUUCCGCGCUGGAAGCACUUCAGUAUCAGGGAGUCGACGACGUUCCUGUCGGCGUCGCUGUCGCUGUCGUUUGGUGUUAUGUUCUACAGCGCCCUCUACGGCAUGCUGCCCAAAGCCCACAGCUACUUCCUCGCCACCACAUCCAGCACGACAGCCGCCUACGCCACAAUCGGCUCCUUCCUCGCCGGCGUCGCCGGCCUCCAGAUCGUCUCCGACACACUGCACCACCUGCUGCCCAGCAGCAUCGUCAACUGCGAGGAACACGCCUCCGAGGCCAAGCCCAAACCGCUGCCGCUGCCGCUGCCGCCGCACGAUCUCGAGUCGGGUGAUGCCGCCGAAACGACGCCGCUGCUCACAGGGCCGCCAACGCUGGUGAGGAAGCCCAGUAUCAAGCAGAAGCUGAGCGGCUUCGUCAAGUGCAGGGGCGACGGAACGUGCUACGGCUUUACAGACCACGUGUGUCAGCAGCGCUGCGACCCCGUGAUGCUGCUCGCCUCCGACGGCGACGACCUGCUGCCCCCCCCGCCCGCACCUGCGCCGGCCCCCCCCGCUUCCAGCAGCACCCCCGCCCUCGCCACACCGCACCAGCACGCACACCUGCCGCCCCUCCCGCAGGGCACGCACUCGCACGCCCACAUCUCGCCGGAAACGGACAAGCGCGGGCACCACCACGUCGCGAAAAACAAGUUCCUGAGCAUCGGCGUGCAGACGUCGCUCGCCAUCGCGCUGCACAAGAUCCCCGAGGGCUUCAUCACGUACGCCACCAACCAUGCCAGCCCGGCGCUGGGCUUCAGCGUGUUCCUCGCCCUGUUCAUCCAUAACAUCGCGGAGGGGUUCAUUAUGUCGCUGCCGCUGUUCCUGGCGCUGCGCAGCCGCGGGAAGGCGGUGCUGUGGGCGUCGGUGCUGGGGGGGCUGGCGCAGCCGCUGGGGGCCGGGUUGGCGGCCGUGGUGAUGCGGGGGGGUAGGGGGGAGGGGGACGGGGAGGUGGGCGGCGUGGGGUAUGGCGUGCUGUUUGCGAGUACGGCGGGGAUUAUGGCGAGUGUGGGCGUGACGCUGUUUAGUCAGGCGGUGGCGCUGAAGCAUGGGAGUCGUGUGCCGUUUGUGUUUGGGUUUGUGGGCAUGGGGCUGUUGGGCGUGAGCUUUGCGCUGACGGCGGAGCGUGAGUGA